AUGUUUUUAAGCUGUAGUAAUCGCUUCCAAUACGGAAUGACAAAUGUUCGGGGACCAAGUUCAUCCGCGUCUCCUUCAACUACGACGUCUACUGGAGUUCUCAUGGUCGGGCCAAAUUUCAAGGUUGGGAAGAAAAUUGGUUGUGGUAAUUUUGGUGAACUUCGCCUAGGAAAAAAUUUGUAUAAUAAUGAACAUGUGGCAAUUAAAUUGGAGCCUAUGAAGAGUAAAGCCCCUCAGUUACAUCUUGAAUAUCGUUUUUAUAAACUGCUCGGUCAAAGUGAAGGCUUGCCGCAGGUUCAUUAUUUUGGGCCUUGCGGGAAAUAUAAAGCUCUAGUUAUGGAACUGCUAGGACAUUCAUUAGAGGACCUUUUUGAUCUCUGCGACCGGAAAUUCUCACUAAAAACGGUUGCUAUGAUUGCCAUACAACUGGUCAAGAGAAUUGAAUAUGUUCAUUCUAAGCACUUAAUAUAUCGAGAUGUAAAACCAGAAAACUUCUUGAUAGGCAGACAUUCAACACGCAAGCAGCAUAUUCUACAUAUUAUAGAUUUUGGUCUUGCAAAGGAGUAUAUAGAUUGUGAUACAGGCAAACACAUAGCAUAUCGAGAACAUAAAUCUUUAACGGGUACGGCAAGGUAUAUGUCUAUUAACACGCAUUUGGGGAAGGAACAAAGUCGAAGAGAUGAUUUAGAGGCUCUUGGUCAUAUGUUUAUGUAUUUUUUAAGAGGUUCUUUACCUUGGCAGGGACUCAAGGCUGACACUUUGAAGGAGCGGUACCAAAAAAUUGGUGAUACUAAAAGAGCAACUUCAAUUGAAGCUCUUUGCGAAGGAUUUCCAGUUGCAGAUGAGUUUGCACAGUAUCUGAGGUACGCCAGACGAUUAGAUUUUUUUGAAGCUCCUGACUAUGAUUACUGUUGUAAUUUAUUCAAGUCAGUCCUCGAUAAACUGGGGUCGACAUACGAUUAUGAAUUUGAUUGGACAUCAAAGAUUACUCGGGUGCCUACGCCAUCUGGCUCAUUGCACGCUACUGGUGAUCACAAAGGGGAAGCAAAGAGAUCUAACGCCCCUAAAACACGAGAAGGCAUUCUAAAACCUGAUCCGGGUUUAGAUGGUCCGCAUGGUGGUGGUUUUGGUUCCACACAGGUAAUAAAUUCGAACCCGGGAGAAGUUGAAGAUUCUCGGUCACCACCUCAAUUAGCUGUAUUACCGACUGAGGACAGUAGCGAAGUCAAGUAA